AGUUCACCUCACGCACCACGGAUUGGGUGUGUGUGGUAUGCCACAAGCAAAUGGAGAUACAAAAAGCCAGCGGCGAGUGGCUAAAAGACGCCUAUUCCUUGGGCUCUUGCAGUGCUGUGGAUCAUUUGGCCACGAGUGAUGUGCUAAGAAAGAGCAUACAACGUUCUUGGACUAUAUCAAAUCCCGAGGACGAUCCGAAUAAUUCAAACUCACAGCAAUUGGUGGCUGAUAAUUUAUAUCCACAACAGAAACAUUUAAUUGACUCUCAGACAGCGGGUAGUUAUCCCACUCUACAUCAACAUCAGUUACCCCAACAGCCGCGCCAAGUGCAUGGCAUGAAUUAUAAUAGUGGCACUGCCACGCCCACAACCAGCAGUAAAUGGCAAUUAGGGCGACGUGUGUUACGUCAAUCGACAUUGCCCAGUACAUUGAAUAACGAUCCGAAUCUCAGUGGCAGCGGUGCGAAUUUGGCCAACUAUAAUUCGGUUAAUCUAACAGCACCCACGUCCCCGCAUCAGAUGCAAAAGAGUCCUCUCUAUCCCAGCGCCUAUAACAGUGACGACAUUAUACACAUGAAUACAGUGGCUGGAGGAGGGGGAACGGCGGGAGACUGUGACAAUUUCAUGCAGCAGCAGCAGCAACAGCAGCAACAACAACAGCAGCAGCAGACGCUACCUACAAGCCAACAGCAACCACAGCUGGAGGUCACUCCCACACAUCAUAGGCUGCAGGUGCGGCGACAAUCCACGCUGCCGGCACAGCCGACGCCCACAAUUUACAUGUCCACCUCCCCGAAUCGAGUCUAUAGUCGUUCACCGGAGCGAUCGCCAGGUGAGCAACAUCGCUAUCCGCCCUUCAUGCGUCAGACAUCCUUUCCGGAGCCACCCAGCAACUACCAUCGCACAGCCAAGCUUCUGCCUAGUACAGCCAAUUUACCAGUGCAGCAGCAGCCUGUCCCUGGAACGGGUUCCAGUGCUCCGGCUCCAGCUCUUAACUACGAAUCACAGGCCUCAAGUAUGGCCAGCGAUGAGAUGGACUAUCCACAGGGACAAGUUCCAGGCAAGCCCCGUAUGACGCGACAAGCAACACUGCCCAAUCCGGAGCAGCAUGUCAAAUUGUUACCCACAUCCCCACCCAAGCGUCAGACUUCGCCGCAAUUUCGUCGUUCGCCGGAAUUUAUGCGUCAGCAAACUUUGCCAAAUCCAGAAGCAUUCAAUAGUGGCAACACACUGACCGUACACUCAACUCCGCCUGGAAAGUUUAUGCCAAUUUCGCCGCGAGCCAAGCAAAAUUUCCUCUUCCCCAGUGUUCAGAAUCCCCGACAGUUUCUGUCGCAACAGAAUGUGCCCACUGUGGGAGCAACCGACAUGGGCAGCGGCGGAAGCGUAGCCAGUGCCACCGGCGAACAAUAUUCGAGCAGUCAGAGUGUGAAUAUACACCACUCCCGGGAUCCACACUCGAAGAUGAUCAAGGUGCGCAGCCACAGCAAUGAGGAGUACUCCAAUAGCAAAGCGGUUGUCGAGAAUCGCCGUCUACUGCCGGAAAUACCAAAUAUGCAAAGAUCUUCCAGUCGUUCACCCAGUCGACUAGUGCGUCAGGACUGCCUCAAGGAGGAGCAUGGUGGUUCUCGUACCUUUGGCGAGGCGAAACAGCAAUUUCAUCAGUUUCCCGAUGUCAGCGAAGAAGGAGAGAACCAGCCGGAGUAUGUGGACUACUUUGGCGACAGCACCACAAGUUUUCUCGAAUCGGAUGAGUUGCAGUACGAGAAAAACUACAAUACGGGAUACAGCAGUGAGCCUCGUAUUUUAUACAAUAAUGAAUCAGAAGAUGGCACCUAUAAGCCGACACCACAGCGUCCCAUCUAUAGUGCCGAAAACGUGUUGUCUGAGACGGGCUAUGUGGUUGGCGGUGGAAUUGGUGGAAGCGGAGGUGCUGGAAUGGGCGCCAUAGCCAACUAUGGCUCCCAUGGUGGUGCCUAUGGUGGUGCCGCCCUGCCACGGACUCCACUCAUGCAUAAUCGUAUGCGGCGACGGCAGUCAAGGGAAUUGCAAAUGCAACAGGAAGAAUACGCUCAACUGGCCAACAUAAGUGGAGCUGACCACGAUGGGGGCAGAGGCUUGGGUGGAGCUAUGCCAGGAGAAACUGUAGCAGUAGCCGGCAUAGACAAUCAUUCAGCGGAACGUCGCAAGCCAGAGCAAAUGCGUUCUGUCUCUGAGGACUCGGGGGCAAAGACCACGCCCAAACCGGUUACUCGACGCUCAUUCUCGCAUCCCGAAAAGGACACACAGCCACCAAAGAAAACGGAAACCUCUAAAAUUCCCAGUCCUAGACCUUUGGCUGAUAUUCUCGAUAAGACGCGAUUCCCGCCGAAAAACAGUCAAAUCCCUCGUCGCGGUAGUCGUCCAGAGAUUGGUUCCACUGAUGUAGCCACCAGUGAGGGCGAACAAAAGCAGCAGCAGCAGCCGGCCAAUGGCAAAUCCCAUGAGUCAUCUGCCAACAAAGAUGAAGCCAACAACGCCGCAUCGGACAACAAUGGCUCCUCUGCCACAGCCUCCGCUUCAGCCGCCCACACGAGCACGUUGGGCGAACAAGAGCUACAGAAUGCAGUGGAAGCUGCCGCUGUGGUCUUCAAAAAGGUCGUGAUGCAGCGUCGCAAGGAAAAGGAGAAGGCUGCCGAGGAAGAAGUGUUGCAGCUGCCAACUGCCACUUCCGUUGAUACCAGUGGCGAUGCCAUGGAAACCUCAUCGUCAUCAGAAUUCGACUUCAGGUGUACACCCUCGAAUGGACAAUAUGGACAGCAGCAGUCGCAAUAUAGCGUCGAAGCAGACGAGUUUAAACUUGUGUUUCUCAAUUCCGACUCAUCGUCAUCUUGCCGCGAGGAAGAGGAGGAAGACGACGAGGAGAACGAGGAUGAUUCAGAUUCCUCUUGCUCUACUCGACAUUGCCACAGCAUUGUCAGUAAUGUUGAGGAUUGCGAUUGGGACUACUUUGAGCCAUCGAUGAUUGCGGCGGCCACAACAACAACGACGACAACAACAAUGAUUGCCUACACCAGCACAGCCACGCCCACGCCUACACCACCGCCCCGUGUGCGUCGUAGGUCGAGCGAUAGCGAUUCCCCACAGAUUCAUCGUCGUCAGCAGCAAUUUCGCAAUUAUUGCUCCAAGAUACGAGAAAGCGACACUGGCACCGGAACGGAUGAGGAGAUGCUCCUACAUACCGAGAGUAGCUCCCAAACCAGCUCGGACCAAACGCCACCACCGCCAGUGCCGCCUCCACCAUUUCCGCUGAGCAUGAAGGCCCGACUUAAAUCUCGGUUCCUAAAGAGCCAUCAUCACCAUCAUCAUCAUCAUUCGCCGAGUCGUUGCAUCUGCAAUGCAACGACGCCAAUCCAACCGCAGCCUCAGUAUGUACCCAUUCCGGUGCCUGUGCCAAUACCGGUGCCCAUGGCAGCCUAUCAAAACUGGCAAUUGGAAUGUCCUCCAAUUACUGGUCCAUUGCUAGAGCAGGAUGAACAGCUAGCCGCUUCGCUGCAGCAACUAUGGCAUGCAGCAGCCGCUGCUAAUUCACCGCAACAACAGCAGCAGCAACAACAAGCGGCUGCUGCAGCCGCUGCCGCCAUGGUGGCCGCCUACUCACAACAAUUUGCUGCCGCCAGAAGCAACAUGUUUGAUGCAACGCCGCCGGCAACUAGCAAAAGCUAUCAACAAUUGCCAACCACACCGCCUCCGUUGGCCAGGCCAUUGCUACGCCAGUUGGGUGGAUUUAAGUCCUCAGCGCCGGAAUUAAGCGCCUCUCUUGGCUCUUUAAUGACGCAAUCGCUGUGCUCGACAGUCUCCACAUCGUCAUCAUCGUCGUCAUCGGCCACAUCGGGCUAUGGCACAGGAACGGGACGUAGUCUGGAAACACUGGCCGGUUGUCUAUGCCCGACGCGAACAGCUCAACAGCAGCAACAACAGCAACAACAGCAACAACAGAGGCAACAGCAAAUGGCCAGCAAUGCUGCUUUCAAGCCAAAGCCAACAAGUUUAGUAGCGUCGCGCAUGCCGUCGAGUGAGCAGCAACAAACGAGUCUGCCGGUUGAAAAUAGCGACAUUGAGACUGAAACCGACAACAACAACGUAACGCCCACAACUUAUAGAUUGUGUAAUGUUUAUGAUAAAACUUGCGACUCUAAUAGAGAGUCGAAAUUGACACAUGUUGUGACUGUUAGUGAUAAGGCAAAUGCAACAAGAGAGAACGAAAUAGUAGAAAUAGCAACAACAAGAACCGCAGAGGCGGCAACUACGAGAGGGCUAAAUAAAUGGCAAAGUCAAAAUCUAUGCGAAACUGAGCAACAAACGGCAACAACACAAACCUACCUGGCCAGUACCAACAACAGCCACAACAACAACAACGACGAAGAAGUGGAAGCAGCAGACGAAACGAAUAUACAUAAAAAUCAAGUACCAGCAGCAACUAGAGUUGCUGCGGUAACUCGUUUGCGGGACCAACUUGCAGUCGAAAAUGCUGUUGUUGUUGAAAAUGCUGAAAAUGCUGAGUUUGUUGCCGCCGCGCCUAGAGAGCAGUCACCCAAUGUGUUAGAUCAAUUGUCAUUGUCGUCUAUUGCCAAGAAUUUGUCCUCCAAGCGACUUAAAAAUAAAUCACCAACAACAAACACCAAGAUGUCCGACACUGAUGCCGAUGCGGAGGCGAAGGCGAAGGCGUCACCAUCACCCUCAUCAGGAUUAGCAUUGGGUUAUUUGCAAAGCGAAAGCUGCGGCUAUGUGGCCAACAGUGCCGAUGAGGUGAGCAGCAGCAGCAGCGGUAGCAAUCACGAAGAAGAACAGGCUGAGAGCCCACGCAAAUUGACAGAGCGUAGCUAUGAUGUGGCUGAGGCUAUGCAAGCCCAACUGGACAUAAUGCAUCAUAGUACCACAGACGACGACGAGGAGGAAGAGGAGAAGUCAAGCAGCAGCAGCAGCAGUGAUUCCAGUUCCAGUUCAGAGUCGUGCGACUCGGAUGACACGGGAACAGUGGCCGAUCGCCGGCCCAAGCGGCGACGAUUUAACAAAGUAUUUGUUGUUAAUCGCCAGGCUGGCCAUGCCAGACGAAGUUCCUCCACUGAGGGGGAUUCACUAUCCUCUUCUGAGGCAAAUCUAGAGGACUCUUCGGAUAAUGAUACCGAUACAGAACGUACGGAUUGUGGCAUUGUGUUGAACUAUGUGAAAGCAUUGGAAGAUGCAGCCGCCGAAAAAGAAGAUGAAAACCAACCACGUGGAGAUCAACAUAAUGCAGACGACGACGACGUCGUAGAUGAUGAUGAUGAAGAUGAUGAAAGUGAACGCCGAAUUGCCAACUCAAGCGAUGAGCUUGCCAACUGCAUUGUUGUUGUAGGCGGACGCACCGACGACGAUGCCAAUGGAGGAGGUGGCAUAGUGCUACAUGGCAUGCGAUCUCUGCCAGACAACGAUCCAGCGUUUCAGCCGCAAUUAGAGCGAGAGCAAGUGGAAUUGAAUCUUGAAUUGGUUGAUGAAUUGCAUAGCAUUUCGAAUGAUGUCAAUAGAUUGUUGGAGCUGCAUAAACAAAAUUCACAGUUGGAAAUUAAAUUGCAACGUCUGCGACGUGGUGUAGCCGAAAUCAAUGAGGAUCAUCACAUAUUGCCAUGUGAGAUGGCCGAAACGGAUACAUCGGGCAUUGCUGUGGCUGCCACCCCCUUGAAACUAGCUGAAGAGAAGCCACUCGAAUGCAAUGUAAGACAGGGUGAGGAUUCCCGUGAACCGGGUGUAAAUGCAAAUGCACAAGCGGCAACGACGACGGGCCCUUCCCAGAAAAAUAUUGGAAUUGUUAAUUCUAAUGACGAAAGCAAAACAGCAAACGAAACAGCAAAACGAAAUGAAGAAGAAGAAGAAGCAUUUGGAUUUACCUGCCAACAACGGCAGCAGCAGCAGCGACAGCAGGUAAAAGCAAACAGCGAUAAUAAAGCAGCGGCAACAAAAACAAGUAAUGUGAAAAAAGCAAUGGAAGAAGAGCAAACAGCUGUGCAAACCCAGAGGAUGAGGGUACAUGUGAGGGAGGAGGUAGGCAAGAAGGUAAAGGCGUCCGAAGAGAGAGAGGCAGAUAGCAGCACAUGCAGCCAAGCAUGCAAAAUAAACGUCGACGCCGACGCCGAAAAUUACUCGUUGGAUUCGCUGCUUGUGCUGUCCCCUGACAUAGCGAGUAUAGCACCUGAAGAGCAGCAGCAGCAGCAGCAACAGCAGGUAGCUCUGGCAGAGAGUAAGCAACUUCGGCUACCUGUUGCUAUUGUUGUUGCCCAAGCCGAUAGCGCAGCCGAUGUGAAGUCUGUUUGGGAAUCGCUUUCGGAUUCGAAGUCGGAAUCGGAGUCGGAGUCGUUGCGGAAAGCAGUCGAAAAUGAAAUGUUAAACGUUGCGGUUGAGAAGGCGAACGAUCGCUCACAAAACGAAUACAACAACAACAACAAUAAAGGCAACAAUGGUAAUAGCAACAACAGUAAGUCGGGCCAUAAUGACGCUUUCGCAGUCGCAGCACAAAAGACAAAUAGCGGCAAUGUUAUUGUUGUUGGCCAACGCAGCAGCAGCAGCAGCAGUGACGUAGUGAAUGUGAAUGUAAAAAACUCGUCGCGUGUGUUUGAAAGUUGUGAAAACGAAUACGACAAAAUAUUUGGCAGCCACAAAGAAUUGUCAAGUAGCAGCAGCAGCAGCAGCAACAGUAGUCCCACAACAGCAGAAACGAUUACAGCAACAGCAGCUGCAACAACAACAACAAAGCCAACGAUAGCAGCUGCAAUCGGCGAUACAAUAAUAACAAGUCCGGCAAAAAAUUCACUUUCAGCCAAAUAUCGCAGUUUGGUCAUGAUUACCAAAGACAAUGAAAGUGCAGUAGCAGCAGCAGCAGCAAAAACAACAACAUCCAGCAACAACAACAGCAACAACAAUAACGAUUAUGAAAUGGCAACAACAAGCAACAAUAAUAACUCUGGCAGCAACCAAAUUGGCCAGAACUUUGCUAAUGACUCAUUUCGCGCCACAGAAGGCCUCGGCCUCGGUUUCGGUCUCGGAAUCGGUCUCGACGAUGGCUACGGACUCGUGACAAGCGAUCGCGAAUCAUCGCGCGAUUCGUAUAGUGUGGAUUCAUUAAGUGAGCACCAGCAGCACCACCACCAAGAACAACAACAACAGCAACCAGCGACUCCAAAGCAAUCUCUGGAUGAUGGCCUGGCCGAUGAUGAUUCUUGGGUUGAAGAAUUAAGCCAUCAUGGCGACAAUGAUGAAGAAGAAGAUGUCAGUACAACAACACCAACGGCCACAGACUCGGAAGAUGGUGAUGGAGAGAUGAGCAGACGAAAUUCUUAUAUGGACAGAGAGGAGGAAUUGCGUGGUUAUCACCGUUCGGCAAUUGACUUCACCCUGCACACCAUAGUCGAGGAAAGUUGUGAGGAGAGCGAGGUGGCCUCCAUGCGUGCGGAUAACGAAGAUGUUGACGAGGAGUGUGACGAAGGAGACUUGGCCGAGAGGCGACGACAACGAACCCUCCAGCAUCAUCAUCGGCUCAGUGCCUCUGAGUUGGAAAAGUAUUUCUUCUUCGGCUUGGGCGAUGGUAAAGUAAUGAGUUCCAUUGAUACACGGGGCGAUGAUACCGCCUCCGAGGUGAGUUCUGAAUGCUCAGAAAGUGUAGACUCGCUACCACAUGAGGAUCAACUUCAGGAUGGUGGCAAUAGUGCCGCAGACUUGGCCUCAUCACGCCUGGAAAAGUAUUUCCUGUCCGGUUUCAUGGGAUUUAGUGGUGGCGAUAAGCAGGUGGAAAGCGAUGAGAGUGGCGGAAGUGUGGGCAGUGAUAGCGAGGGUCAUCCAAGUCCCAGUCAACGCCGUAAACGUUUGGUACGCGCACGAGGUACUCCACGUAGCCAUAACUCAUCAUUGGAUAAUUUGUUGCUACCCGAAACCGAUACUUUAGAUGCCUCAAUGACAGCACCAGGAUCUCUCCCCGUAGAGGAUACAUCCGAGUCAGAGGCGGGCUGUGAUGACACUGUCAUACAUUUGGCUAAUGCUGGAGCCUCUGAUGGUUCCUCAUCGGAUACCAUCAAACGAAAGAAACAAUUGCGCAAACGACACGACUCUCUGGAUGAGAAAAAAAUGCAUGAGAUGGGAACGAAUGAGCCGGGAGGAACUGCUGAAUGCCGCACUCCCACACCUGGCUCCAUGGGCAGCGCUAGCCAGGCUCAGGCCAAGAAACAGCAACAGCAUCAUCAUAGCCGGGACAGUGGAUUUGUGGGCAGCAACGAUGAUCUUCUCAAAACACCAGAAUGUGAUCCACCCAAAUCCCCAUUACCAGCACUCGAACAAAUCAGUGAAGAUCGUGAGCCACUGCCUCCUCUCAGCCUGCCCAAAUUGGAAUUGCCCAGUACCUCGGCCUCGGUGGCGCGCCGGGUGACACUUCCACCCGUCGUCAACAGCAAUUCGAACCUGGUGCGUAAAGAUAGCUUCAACAACUGGAGCUCUGACGAGGAGACGAAUCUAAUGAUGAAUAAAAUGCGUCAAUUCUUCAAGACUCUGAUCGUGGCCACGGCCAAUGCCCAACAGAGCAAGCCCACAACCCCGAAUCAGAGUCAGAGUACGCCGAAUUCAGUGCGUCGUCUGGCUAAAUCUCGUCCAGCCCAGUUGGCCUACUUUGAGAAUGAAUUGACUCGGCUAAUGAAGACGGUGCCGGGUAUUAAUGAUGAACAGGUACGCGAGAUCGUGGAGUAUCUCAGCAGCGAGGAUACAUGGUCAGAUUCAUACGAUUCGUCGGAUUAUACAAGUUCCGAUCUAGAUCAUGAAGGAGCUGACCAUAAGGGCCAGUUAAAGGCACAAAUCUCUGCCAGCUGUCAGCAGAUCAUCAAUAAAUUCGAAGUAGACGAAGAAGGAGAUCGUGGCGAUGGUGGCCUCUUGGAUGAGGUGCAAACUUUAAAUGGAGAUACAGCCCUAGUCUAUCAGAAACUUGUGGCCUCUUUCAGCAAGGUGGCCAUAGGUGCAGCUACCACUACAACCGAGAAACCACCGGACAGUGAAUCCCAUCCAGAGAAGCCAAAGGAGGAAGACCAAUUGUCCACAGAUGGCGCAGAGCGUUCACCCAAACUGUUUGCCAAGGUAAUGCAACAUAUAGGCACACGUCUGGUUGCUCUUAUGCAUGAGGUGAGCAGUGGCAGUGAGACUCCCACUCCUUCACCCUCGGCGACCAACAGCCAGCGUCAUCAUCGGCGAUUGCAGGCCAAGAUCUCGGCUACCACCACCGAGGAUGAAGAAGACGAGGUGGAGGAACAACUCCGGGCCAUGCCCGUUAAGCAACUGAAGCUACGAAGCAGAUCACAUGAUCUCCUCUUGGAUGGCACUCCCGGCACACACAAUCAGCCUCAUCCUGCAGCUGCAGUUCACCACCAUGUGGGAACCGAUAACGCCGGCGAGGAAUGCGGCGUGGCCAGUGACUAUGAGCGCUUCUCGUGGCGCGGCAGUUUUGAAUCGGCAUUACUGGCUAAUGGCGAUAGCAGAACAAGACUCAGCCAGCUGAGUCAAUUGGACAGGGACAAUUCGUCGUCUGCGUCCGCUUUGGCUGUGGCAAAGCGCCGAUCUGCAGGCGAUCUCCUGUUUAGUCAGCAUCAGCAGAGUCUCAGUCGCGAGCAAUUGGAUCGUGUUCGUUCCUGUGGUAGUAUUGGAGGCGGCGAUGCCCACCACCAUCAAUUAGAGGCCUCACCGGCCAAAUCUUGGCUCUCAUCGACAAGCUCUUGCGGCGACUCGGCCAAGGAUGUGCGACGUUCCAGUGUUCCGGAUGCCAUCUACGAGACUGACUCCAGUGACGAGGGAAACCGCAAUCAAUUCGGUGGCACACGCUCUACUCUGCCUCGUAGUCUGACUGGUGGUCAAGUGUCUAGUACCAAUUCCCUGCCACGUUUGCCCACCUCAUCGGUGGGGGUGGGCAUGACUAGUACACCGAAAACCAAGUCGCAAAGUGCUCUCAACUACACACCUUCCUCGUCUAGCAGCGUUCCAGCUACAGCAGCAUCAGGAGCAGCAGCUGUUCCUGGCAGUGCCAAGAGUGCCCGUUAUCGCUCGCCAGGAUUAGCAGCCCGAGCAGCGGCCGCCAAUGGCAGUAAUCUAAAUGGCAGUGGCAGCAGUUCAUCGAGCAAAAAACUUGGCACAGGUUUUCAGUUCCUUUACUCCAAACGAGAUGCUCGGAAACGUUUAAAUAUGUCAGCGGAGGAAGCCAAGGUGGCUGCUGAAGAGUUAACUCGUUCACCGGUAAUUGGACAACGGACUGCCAAUGAUGUUACCUCCAGCCCCAUACAGUCGCGUGCCUCGAGUGAGACAUGGCCAACCCAGUCAGAGGAGGAUAUUGAUCGUCUGGUGGCCAUGCAUCAGAACCGCAGCAGUCUCAGCUCACUGGGAGUACGUUCCGAGUCGAUGGCCAGCGUUUAUUCUGGUGCUGGUGAAGGUCGCUAUGGCACAGUUGUGGUCAAGGGUCAGGUGGAAUUUGCCAUGCAAUAUAAUUACAAGUUGGGAGCCUUGGAAAUUCAUGUGGUACGCUGCAAAGAUUUAGCUGCUGUCGAUUCCAAGCGUAAUCGGAGUGAUCCCUACGUGAAGGUGUAUUUGCUGCCCGAUAAAUCCAAGGCUGGCAAAAGAAAAACCAAAGUCAAGAAGCAUACACUGAAUCCAGUUUUCGAUGAAACAUUACGCUUCCACACACCCAUUUCCAGUCUUGAGUCACGCACCUUGUGGCUAAGUGUCUGGCAUUCGGAUAUGUUUGGACGUAAUGAUUUCCUGGGCGAAGUUAGUGUUAAUUUGCAGGGACGUCUCUUUGACAAUCCCCAAUCGCAGUGGUAUCUGUUGCAGGAACGCAGUGAACCCUUUGAUGAGGUGGCCACCUAUCGCGGAGAUAUUGUUGUGGGUCUGAAAUACAUUCCCCCUGAGAACUUAAAGUCUUCAAUAUUCUCACGAGGCUCAUCUCUGACAGGCAGUUCAUCCAAUUUACGUAAAUUCGGUGGCAGCAUUAAGUCAGUGGCAUCCAAAUCCGAUCGCAGUGCGAAGGGCGGACAAUUGCAUGUGCUGGUAAAAGAAGCCAAGCACUUAAGUCCCAUCAAGACUAAUGGCACCUGCGAUGCCUUUUGUAAGAGUUAUCUGUUGCCGGAUCGUACACGCAGCUCAAAACAAAAGACACCUGUGGUGAAACGUACUCUGCAUCCCACAUGGAAUUAUACAUUUGUCUAUGAGGAUGUUUCACUUGAGGAUUUGUCAGAACGUGCUCUAGAGUUGACUGUGUGGGAUCAUGAUCGUUUGGCCAGUAAUGAGUUUAUCGGUGGCAUACGUUUCUCCUUGGGCACAGGUCGAAGUUUUGGACGUCAAGUGGAUUGGAUGGAUGCCACGGGCAAAGAGCUGUCACUUUGGCAGAAUAUGCUAGAUCGUCCGAAUUUUUGGGUGGAGGGCAGUCUCGUUUUACGUUCCAGUUUGGAUGGCACUCGAACCACGUUGCCAUAGAGAUCCCAAUGUAGAUGAUUUUGCACAUAAAAGAGUUAUUGUCUAGUUGCAAACGAGUUUGGCACACACACAGAGACAAACCUUGUAUUGUAUUGUAUUAAUUCUGAGAUAAUUUGAAAUUGAGUGUAUAAAAUGCGUUGCACACAGGCACAGAUAACUCUGAUUAGAUCGAUAAUUGAUACUCUUCUUGUAUUGUUUGUUGUUGUUGCACGCGAUACACACACACACACACACAAAACUGUGUAGAAUGAUUUGUUUUUUCUUUCUAUUUUUAUUUGGAAAUACUCGAAUAAGGUCGAAAUAUGGCCACGAAACAAAAUACGAAAAAUUAAUUACAAAACAAAAUGUUAUCAAAUUUAUAUCGCACUAAUUGUAAAAGUGAGAAUAAACCUCGACUAUCUGAUAGAUAAUGACGAGAAUAAAACAUAAAAAGAGUUAAGAUAUUAAUUUAAAAAAAAUUUAAAAAAAAAACAAGAAAUUAUUGCGUAAAUGUAUUAUUAAUCCUCUCCUCUUUGAGAGGACAAGGCAAUUUGCAUAUUGUAUGCAUUAAAUUACGAUUACAAUUACAAAGACAAAAAAGAAAAAAACAAAAAAUAUUGUGAAACUAAAACUUAGUUAAUCCAUAAAUAAGUUCCCUAUAUUUAACAAAUACAUUCAAAAUU